UUUUACAUAUUUAUUUUUUAUAUCUUGUGUUUCACGUGUGAUGGCUAAUGUGUCAUCGGCUGAUGUGGGAGUUUUGUUUCUCAUCGUGGUGACAGCAUCUUUGGCAAACGCAGGUUCGAAUAAAGAUGUGAGCCAGAGGAGGGAGGUGGAAGCAGUUAAGAUGAACGGGCUCCUGCCCUGUGGUGUGGAUGGCCUCGUCGGUGUCGCCUCUCAGGGUGAAGCUCAGCCGUGCUCAGCCUGUGACCCACAGGCAGCCAGGAGGCGUUCAAAGAGAUGCACGUGUUACACUUACAAAGACAAGGAGUGUGUGUAUUACUGCCACCUGGACAUCAUCUGGAUCAACACACCAGAGCACACUGUACCAUAUGGUAUGUCCAGUUACCAGGGUUCCCUGCGUGUGAGGCGCUCCACUGGAACAAAACAGGGGAGGAAGUGGGCAGUGGCCCAGCGCUGUGUGUGUGCACAGCAGACUGACUCUCACUGCAGCAGCUUCUGCAUGAACAGCAGGCAAAGGAGGCCACCCCCUGCAGCGCCUGAAAUAGACAAGAGGACAGCAUCCCUGGGCAGUGGGCCUGUUACAAAAUGAACAUAUCAGUGACAUGCUCAUAACCUGAAAGGUGGACAUGCGUUGUCUUAACAUAUGGCAUCCCCAUAUAUGGUGCCUUGUCAUCAGACUGAUGGAUGAAUAACGGCGGAGCUGCUUGUACAAAAACAAAAGAUAGCAAAACUAAAGGUGGGGGAGCCUGCAGGAAAGCUGACGGAGUGCGAGCUCACAGCGCUCUCUGCCUGUGUCUGUGCGACAGGUGUGGACAGUGUUUUUUAUUAUCUCGUCACAACUGAGGACAGUUUACUUGGCCAGCUCAUGUUAACAGCGAAGGACUUUGGUAGAGCUCACACAUGUCUGUGCCACGUGAUGAAGAGGAGGAUGAGGACUGUUAAAAUUACUUAUCGCACAGCCGUGUUUUCUCCGCAGGGACGUUAUUUAAUCACAGCCAGUAACUCAGCAUAUUUGUUUUUAUAAAAUAACAAUCUGUCACAGGCACUGAAAUGUCGAAAAAGUUACUUUUUUGGGAAUGCUUCAUAAUAAUCAUCAUUAAUAAAUGGUAAAUUGAUUGUUGAAAUUUAUUGCUGCAAACACAAUAUUUUAUAUACUAC